AUGAGAGCAAAUUGUUCCAGCGGCUCGGCCUGCCCGGCCAACAGUUCGGCGGAGGAGCUGCCAGAGGGGCUGAAGGCGUACGGGAACCUGGAAGUCGUGUUCACAGUGGUGUCCGCCCUGAUGAUCGGCCUACUGAUGUUCUCCUUGGGAUGCUCUGUGGAGGUCCAGAAGCUCUGGGGACACAUCAGGAGACCCUGGGGCAUCGCUGUGGGACUGCUCUGCCAGUUUGGGCUCAUGCCCCUUAUCGCCUACCUCCUGAUCAUCAGCUUCUCUCUGAAGCCCCUCCAAGCUAUGGCUGUCCUCAUCAUGGGGUGUUGCCCAGGGGGAACCGUCUCAAACAUUUUCACCUUCUGGGUGGAUGGAGAUAUGGAUCUCAGCAUCAGUAUGACAACCUGUUCCACAGUGGCUGCCCUGGGAAUGAUGCCACUCUGCCUUUAUCUCUACACCUUGCCCUGGAAUCUUGAACAGAAUCUCACCAUUCCGUAUCAGAACAUAGGAAUCACCCUUGUGUGCCUGAUCAUUCCUGUGGCCUUUGGUAUCUAUGUGAAUUAUAGGUGGCCAAAACAAUCCAAAAUUAUUCUUAAGAUCGGGGCCAUUGCUGGCGGACUCCUCUUUUUGGUCAUCGCAGUGGCUGGUAUGGUGCUGAUGAAAGGAUCUUGGAAUUCAGACAUCAUUCUUCUGAUGAUCAGUUUCAUCUUUCCUUUGAUUGGCCAUGUCAUAGGCUUUCUCCUGGCACUUCUUACCCACCAAUCUUGGCAGAGGUGCAGGACAAUUUCCUUAGAAACUGGGACUCAGAAUGUUCAGAUGUGCUUCACCAUGCUGCAGUUAUCCUUCACUGCCGAGCAACUGGUCCAGAUUCUUAACUUCACAUUGGCCUAUGGACUGUUCCAGGUGCUGGAUGGGUUUCUCAUGGUGGCUGCAUAUAAGAUGUACAAGAGGAGAUUGAAGAACAAACAUGGAAACGAGAAGCCAGGUUGUCAAGCCCGCCAUAGGAAGAAAUCCACUUCUCCCAAAGAGGCCAUUGCUUUCUUGGAGGUGAAUGAAGAAGCCACUCUGAGUCCUGGGCCAUCAGGACCCAAGGAUCUCCAUGGGGCUCCCACGCCAACUGAUGACAUCUCACGUGCCAAUGAAGCGUGAUCCCCAUCGUUACAUGAAGUCGUCAAGCUGUGAAUUUUAAUCUCACAAGAGUUAGGACUCUGGGUAGAGGAGAUGGCACCUCACACUGCAGGGCAAGGACAGUCUGGACCCACUUGAUUUCUUGACUUUGGGCAAGUGCUUUGGGGUAGUGGGGAGAAAGCAUACAACUCUUGUAAAAAUGGGGUCUUUUCUCAAAUGAAGAUUGGUCUUUAAGGGCUUGAAAAUCUUCUUAGAUUUAUAGAUGUAACACAAGGGAUUACAUUACAUUCCCUAGAGGGAAUCUAAUGAACCCUUGAAGGUAAUAUUUUUACUCCCUAGAGACAGGCACAUUUAUUCUUCUCAUAUGUAGAUUUGAGUUAUAUAAUUUAAAAAGUGCAUUCCAUGUAUACUGUUUCAUAAAUCACUAAAUGAUUAAUCACUGACUCAAUGGACACGAGUUUGAGCAAACUCCAGGAGACGGUGACGGACAGGGGAGCCUGGGGUGCUGCAGCCCAUGGGAUUGCAGAGUUGGACAUGACUUCGCGACUGAACAACAAAAACCAACAAUAUAUUACAGAGCAUCUUUACAUGUCAGUCUGUGUUGACCUACCUCAUUCUUCAGAACAGUGGCUUCAUAAAAGUAUUCCAGUGUAUGGAAGGACUGUAAUUCAUUUCACCAUUUCUUACUCAAGGACAUUUAGAUAGCUUUCAACUUCUGGGUCUUACAGUGCUGUUACAAACACCUGUGCCUCCGUGCCAGUGUUUCUGUAGGAUCCUUCUCUAGACUUGAAUUGCCAGGCUGAUUGCACAUUAAAAUGCUGGGCAGAGAGCUCUCUGGAACGUUGUACAGCAGAGCCUGAGAGUGUCUGACUUCCCACAGCCACAUUCAUCUUAAGAGUGAUCGUUCUGCUUUGUGAAAAUAUCUCAUUUAAAAUUGCAUUGUUAAAAUUGAGUGAAGCAGAGUAUUUUUCAUGAGUGCGUGUUCAUGUCCUUUGCCCGCUUUUCUAUUGUAUUUUUUCCUUUUUGAUUGAUAAAUUUUAACACAUGCUGGACAGUGACUCUUUGCUCUAUGUUUUGUCAAUAUUUUACCUCUCUUGUCUCUUAGUUUUGUAUAAUGUCUUUUGCUGUAUGGAAGUUUCACAUGUUCAACUUUAUUAGUCUUUCAAAAUUGUUUUUUGACCUUAAUAUCUAUCAAAUGUUAGAAUAUUUAUAUCUUUGUGUGGAUCAUGAAUUGUAAAAGGACCCCUUUUUCGUGAAUGUAUGUGGACCCUUUUCAGGGAGUUCUUUUUGGGGUCAACAUAUUUACUAGCUGCCGUGUAUACUGUCUGGCAGGAGAUAAAACCCAUCCUUCUCCUCUAACAUUAUCAAAAUAUUUCCUAUAUUUUCUAUUACUUUGAUCGACUAAAUAUGUACAUAUUUAUUCUAUUUUGAAUUUAUUUUUUCUAUGCUCUGUUAAAAAUCUAAUUAAUUGUCCUAACAUCAUAUACUGUAUCAGUCAUCUUUUCUCUACUGAUAUGAAAUACCACUUGUAUCAUGUAACUUUCUAUUACUGUGUUUUAUUGGGCUCUGUUUGGUUCCAUUUUUAAAUUAUUUGUAAAUUGUGAAAUGUGUAAAAGCAUAUUGUCUGA